CUGCCUCUCCUUCCUGCCCCUCCUCCCUCUGCACCAGGCAGCUAUAAAAAACCCUCAGAGACAAGGACAGGCACUUUCCACGUCAGUCAGACGGACAGAGGGACAGUCAGACGGCCCGAGACGACCCCUUCCUCUCUUCUUAGAGCUUCGCCUCUCAGUCAGGAUGUCUAUCACCAAGAUUCACGCUCGUGAGAUUCUGGAUUCCAGAGGAAACCCCACCGUGGAGGUGGACCUGUGGACAGCAAAAGGUCUCUUCAGGGCUGCCGUCCCUAGCGGGGCCUCCACUGGAGUCCAUGAGGCCCUGGAGCUCCGUGAUGGAGACAAGAGCCGUUACCUGGGCAAAGGUACCCAGAAGGCUGUGGACCACGUCAACAAGGAGAUCGCCCCCAAGCUGAUUGAGAAGAAAAUUAGCGUCGUAGAGCAGGAGAAGAUCGAUAAGUUCAUGCUGGAGUUGGAUGGCACAGAGAACAAAUCUAAGUUCGGUGCUAACGCCAUCCUGGGCGUGUCCCUGGCCGUCUGCAAGGCCGGAGCAGCGGAGAAGGGAGUUCCUCUCUACCGCCACAUCGCCGACCUCGCCGGACACAAGGAUGUCAUUCUUCCUGUUCCUGCCUUUAAUGUGAUCAAUGGCGGCAGCCACGCUGGAAACAAACUGGCCAUGCAGGAGUUUAUGAUUCUUCCAGUUGGAGCUUCAAACUUCCAUGAGGCCAUGAGGAUUGGAGCAGAGGUCUACCACAACCUGAAGAAUGUCAUCAAAGCCAAAUACGGCAAAGAUGCCACCAACGUGGGAGAUGAGGGUGGCUUCGCCCCCAACAUCCUGGAGAACAAUGAGGCCCUGGAGCUGCUGAAGACGGCCAUUGAGAAGGCUGGGUACCCUGAUAAGAUCAUCAUCGGCAUGGACGUGGCUGCCUCUGAGUUCUACCGCAAUGGAAAGUACGACCUGGACUUCAAGUCUCCUGAUGACCCAUCCAGACACAUCAGCGGAGAGAAGCUUGGAGACCUGUACCGCAGCUUCAUCAAGGGCUACCCUGUUCAGUCCAUUGAGGAUCCGUUUGACCAGGAUGACUGGGAACAGUGGGCUAAAUUCACCUCCUCUGUAGACAUCCAGAUCGUAGGAGACGAUCUGACAGUGACCAAUCCAAAGAGGAUCCAGCAGGCCGUGGAGAAGAAGGCCUGCAACUGUCUUCUGCUCAAAGUCAACCAGAUCGGUUCUGUCACCGAGUCCAUCCAGGCGUGUAAGCUGGCGCAGAGCAGUGGUUGGGGUGUGAUGGUCAGCCAUCGUUCUGGAGAGACUGAAGACACCUUCAUCUCUGACCUGGUGGUUGGACUCUGCACUGGACAGAUUAAAACCGGCGCCCCCUGCAGGUCAGAACGUCUGGCCAAAUACAACCAGCUGAUGAGGAUCGAGGAGGAGCUCGGAGACAAGGCCAAGUUCGCUGGGAAGGACUUCCGCCACCCAAAGAUCAACUGAGACUCCGCCUGGCCCCGUCACCGUGCCAACUGACUGACACCUGAUUACCCCUGGGGUUUAAGCCCCGCCCUCCCAGCUGUUAUUCCAUAAAUGUUGUUUUCUAUAAAAACUCAAACAGAGUAAACAGAAACAAAUAAAAGCAUUUUUUCGAGUC